AUGUGGCAAUACCAACUAUCCUUCGAUCACCCUUGGUAUUUGGCGCUGCUGAUCGUGCUGCCGCUGAUGUGGUGGUUCAGCUUCCGCAGCCUCGCCGGGCUAGGUUCGGUUCGCCGAGCGGUGGCUAUCACGCUAAGAACGCUCGUCUUCGCCCUAAUCAUCUUGGCCCUGGCCGAAGUGAACCUGGUUCGUACCAGCGACCGCCUGACGGUGAUCUUCCUCCUCGAUCAGUCGUUGAGCAUUCCGGCCGAUCGUCGGGAGGCGAUGAUCGAUUACACCAACCGCGCGAUCGAACAGUAUCGCGAAGAAAACAACAAGACGGGAGUGAUCGUCUUCGGCCGUGAAGCUGCGAUCGAGAUCCCGCCGUUCGACGACGACAUCCAAGUCCCCCAGGCCAUCGAGAGCACUCUCGACCCCGAAUACACAAACCUCGCCUCCGCCCUCAAGCUGGCUCAAGCAUCGUUCCCCGAAGAUGCGGCGAAGCGGAUCGUUGUCAUCAGCGACGGCAAUCAGAACGUUGGCGACGCCCUGGAGCAGGCCGGCAUCAUGGCCGACUCGGGGAUUGGUAUCGAUGUGGUGCCCGUUUUCUACCAGAGUCGCUCGGAAGUAAGCGUCGAGAAAGUCUCCACACCGGCCGACGUUCGCACCGGCCAACCAUUCGACGUACGCGUGGUGCUCAACAACUCGGCCGAGCCCACCGCUGAGGACAAUGGAGAAGUUCAGGGCACGCUGCGAAUCACCCGCAGCGUCGAAGGGCGACCGCAAACCGUCACCGAUCAGCCCAUCACCCUGCCCCCAGGCAAGCAUGUGCUCACCGUCCGGCAAGAACUGGAUCAACCCAGCUUCUACACGUUUGAAGCCCGAUUCUUGCCCGAGGAUCGCGACGACGACCGCAUGUCGCAGAACAACCGCGCCACGAACUUCACCUACAUUCGCGGCAGCGGGCAGGUGCUGUUCAUCGAAGAUCACUUGCACCGGGGUGAGUUCGACCUGCUCGUCGAUCGCUUGCGCCUACAGGAACUCGAGGUUACCGUUCGCCCCACGAAUCAGCUCUUCACUAACCUGGCCGAGUUGCAACCGUACGACACGGUGAUUCUGGCCAACGUGCCGCGUGAGCUAUUCACCGACGAACAGAUCGACAUGCUGGUGCGAAACACCGAGCAGAUGGGCUCCGGCAUCAUCAUGCUCGGCGGCCCCAACAGCUACGGGGCGGGAGGCUGGACCAACACCGAACUGGAAAAGGCCAUGCCGUUGGACUUCCAGAUUCGCAACCCCAAGGUCGUCCCCAAGGGUGCCCUGGCCCUGUUGAUGCACGCCUCGGAAAUUGCCAAAGGCAACUACUGGCAGAACGUGAUUGCUCGCGAGGCAAUCAAGGCGCUCGGCCCUCAAGAUUACUGCGGGCUGCUGCACUGGGGAGCACUCGGCGAAGAGUGGCUGUGGCUGGGUCAAUCGGGCCACGGCAUGAUUCCGAUCGGACCUAAUCGCGACAAGAUGCUCGCCCGACUCUCUCGCAUGACCCCCGGCGACAUGCCCGAUUUCAACCCUUCGUUGAUCAUGGCCCGUAAGGCAUUCAAUCAAUUGCCCGACGCCGCCAUUCGCCACAUGAUCGUCAUCAGCGACGGCGACCCCACACCGCCAACCGCAGGUGUCGUCACGGGGCUCAUCAAUGCGAAAGUAACCGUCACCACGGUGGCCGUCGGCUCCCACGGCCCCGCCGGGCACGUCGAGCUACAGAAGCUGGCCACGGCCACCGGCGGCAAGUACUACAAGGUGAAUCAGGCCAAGGCACUGCCGAAGAUCUUUCAACGCGAAGCCCGUCGUGUAGCACGACCGCUGAUUUUCGAAAAUCCAGACGGCUUCAAUGUGGCCAUUCGUUACCCACACGAAAUGAUCAGCGGGAUCGAUGAACCCAUCCCGCCGCUCACCGGCUUCGUGAUGACCACGGUGAAGGCCAACCCCUUGGUCGAAGUCGAGUUGGUCGCCGAAGUGAGCGAAGACGAAGCGAACAACUCCAUUCUGGCCAGUUGGACUUACGGCGCCGGCCGCGCGGUCUGCUUCACCAGCGACGCCGGCGCACGCUGGGCCAACAGUUGGACCAACUGGGACGGGUACGACAAGUUCUUCAGCCAGAUGGUCCGCUGGUCGAUGCGGCCUGUUGGGCAACAGGGGAACUACUCGCUAUCGACCGAUGUCGAAUCGGGAAAAGUCCGUGUCGUGGUCACCGCGCUAGAUAAGGAAGACGAAUUCCUCAACUUCCUCGAUCUGAGCGGCGCCGUGGUGGGGCCCGACAUGCAGCCGUUGCCGCUCCGGUUGGAUCAAACAGCUCCCGGUCGCUACAUCGGUGAGUUCGACGCCACCGAUGCGGGUAACUACUUCAUCACGCUCAGCCCCGGUGCCGGCCAGGCGCCGAUUCGUGCCGGCGUGAACGUCCCCUACUCGGCCGAGUUCCGCGAUCGCACGACGGACGAGCCGCUGCUCGAGAUGCUGGCCGGCAUGGAACCCGUCGGCGGGGAACGCGGACUUGUGAUCGAGUCGGGCACAUCAGGACAAAUGGACGACGCUUUAGCCUCGUGGUUGGCUACCGAUGUUUUCCGCCCCGGCCUGGCAAAAGCUGAAAGCAGCCAGGGCAUUUGGUACCUACUGGUGUUCGUAGCCAGCUGCCUGUUCUUUGGCGACGUGCUAAUCCGUCGGGUCAGCAUGAGCCUGACUUGGGUCCCACCGCUGGUUGCCAAAGCCCGCGACCGGUUGCUGGGGCGAGAGACAGCACCCGCGGCCACGCAAUACAUGGAUCGGCUGAAGAGUUCGAAAGUGCAAGUGUCCGAGCGAAUCGAAAAACAAAGGGCCGCCGUUCGCUUCGAGCCAAGCGAAGAAGCAGCUUCCUCAACCGAAGUUUAUGAAGAGCUACCCGAGGCGGUGGAAAAGAAACCGCCACCGAAACCGGCCACCGGCGGCAUCGAACAGCCCCAGGCCGAAGAAGAGGGCUACACUAGCCGGCUGUUGAAAGCCAAGAAGAAAGUAUGGGAAGAUCGUAAGCAGGACUAA